CUGUAAGCCAAUAUUUUCAGAAGUGAUUUAUUAGCUUGGCACCACCCGCUUUCUCUUUAGAUCCUGGGAAUUACGUUUUAAGAUGCGUUUCUUGAAAAGCAAUGGAGGUUACAUUCUCGAGCAUGAUGGGCACCUAUUUUCAAUAAGAAAUACAAGGGAUGGCCGAGCAUACUAUCAGUGUAGACAGAAGCCGUGUAAAGCAAGUUUGGUAUUAACAGAAAUCUUUGACAAAGAUGCCCCCAUUCCAGCCAACGCUUUAAUCAGGAUUGGUAAGGCUCAUGAUGUCCACCCCCCUCCAAUUACAGACAUCAGUAACCUAGCUUUUCUUGAGAAAGUUCAGAACAGAAUCAUGUUGAACCCGGCACUAAAGCCUAGAACUGCUUGGGACGAUGAAAAAUUGGCAGACCCUGUGACCUUUGCAAGUGUAACUACCACUUUCGACCACUCAGUAUCUAGUCUACUGAAGUAUCAGCGUGAAUUUUAACCACCAACCCCUCAGGCCCUAGCGGAUGUUUCAGUUUUACCAGGAACCUGGGGUUUGACCCCAGAUGGGUUACCUCUACACAGAGAGACAAACUUGAAUGAUGGUUACAUACUAUUCGUAUCAGACGAGAGUUUAAGAGUUUUGUCCGAGGCCACUCACUUCAACGUUGAUGGAACUUUUA